GCUGACGGUCGGAGUUGCCUCUUCUUAUCGCCAGAGGGCGCGCGCGCACAGGAGGCUCCCCGGCUCGUUUCCAUAGCGACGGCGUCCGGCCUCCACAACGCCGCCAUGGAAGAACCGUUUCCUGCCGUCUUGAUGCCGGGCGAAGUCGAAGCCCUGGUGGAGUCGCUGAAGAAUUUCCAGUUGCGGGAUAUCGGGGAUCACGGGUGGCAACGUCAACAUGAGUAUAUUGAAAAGUUGAAUAUGCAGGCCAUACUGAGUGCUUCUGCUGGGCAUGAACAGCUUCUCACUGAGCUUCUGGUGAACAACGCAAAGAUUCCAACACUUAUUGAAGAACUUAUCACUACAGAGAUAUGGAAGCAGAAGAUCUUCCCUGUUCUAUGCAGGCUGGAAGAUUUUAAACCAAAAAGCACCUUUCCCAUAUACUUAGUGUUGCGUCAUGAAGCUUCAGUUAUCAACCUCUUGGAAACUGUCUUUUUUCACAAGGAAAUCUGUGAGUCAGCAGAGGAUAGCAUUCUGGAUUUGAUAGAUUAUAGCCACAGGAAGCUGACCUUAUUAGCAGCACAGAGUGCCAGUGGAAAAAUACCAAUGGAACAGAAGCUGUCGCCUGAGGAUCUUGCUCAGCCUUCCUCGAUGCAGGAGUUAAAGAAACAAGCCGAGAUGAUGGAAUUUGAGAUCUCAUUGAAAACUCUUUCAGUGUUCCGUUUUAUUACUGGUCAAGUAGAAAGUUUGCCAGUCAGUGCUGUGACAAGGAUGCUGAAUACCCACAACUUUCCAUGUCUUUUAGUACAGUUGGUAGAACACUGUGCAUGGAAGUAUCGUGAAGAAGGGAAGCUGAAGACAUUUGAGAAUGGUACAUGGUACGAGGUGCCCCCUGAAGACCAUGUGAAGAUGACUAAAUUGGAUGGGCAGGUGUGGAUUGCUCUGUACAACCUGCUCUUGAGCUCAGAAUGCCAACGCAAGUACAACUUCAACAACUUCAACAAAAAUCAGAUCCUGAAGCUCCGUGCCUUUCUGACUGAUGUCCUCAUUGAUCAGUUCCCCAAUCUUUUGGAGCUGCAGAGGUUCCUGAGCCAUCUUGCUGUGGCAGAUCCCGCUCCACCCAAGAAAGACCUCAUAUUAGAGCAGAUUCCUGUGAUUCGGGAUCAAAUAAUCAGAGAAAAUUCUGGAAAAUGGCAAGCAAUUGCUAAGCACCAGGUAAACAAUAUGUUUAGUCCUUCAGAGGAGGAGCUCAAAGGCCAGGCACGCAGAUGGGCUAAAACAUACAACCUAGAUGUAAUGGAAGCCCUGAUCCCAGACAAGCCUAGGUGUGGGAUGUGUGGUUCUCAAGCAGCAAAACGCUGUUCCCGUUGUAGGAAUGAGUGGUAUUGUAGACGAGAAUGUCAGGUGCAGCAUUGGCAGAAGCACAAGAAAGCUUGUAAUUUGAUGGCUGAUGCCCUGAAAAAAAUACAAGAAGAUGUUCAAAUGCAGACAACAGCUACCAACUAAUUUUACUGGGCAGAAUUUUCUCCUGUUCCUGCUUCAACAUAUAGACAAAAUUGAGGUUACAAGAGAACUGUUCUUUACUUUGCCACCCAAAAUACAUAAGCUUUGUGGUCAUGUUGCAUACUGCCUUAGAUCAAGUGCCUCCCUCCAUGCUUGUGGCAUAAAAACAAAGGAUUAUUUGUAGCAGAGGUGAACAUUGCACUACUACUAUGGUGUCCACAUAUCUACUUUGAGAUUAAAAAACCCCUGUGCCUUUGUUUUUACAAAAAGGAUUUUUGAAGAUGGUCAUGACCAGAUUCAGAAGGCACAGUCCUCUUAUUCAAAAACAAUCCUGGAAGAUCUAAGGAACUUAAGUAUGAUCUUGAAAUUACAAAUAUAUUCUUAAUUCUGGACAUCAGUCUUACAUCUUUUUGCAACUCACAUGUUCCAUGCAACAUGUAUAACUAUAUCCCAAUGAACCAUUUUUUCAUGAAAGAACCAUUUCUGAAAUGGGUGAUUGAAAACAGAGAAGUACAGUUAAAAAGAUGGCACUUAACAAUUUCUCUUAUUAAUUUCUCUUAUUCUCUUAUUUCCCGUGCAGCUGUCUCUUGUACUACAGGGUAUGAAAUGUGAGUAGACUGACAGGCAGCAUAAUAAUCCAUCCCAUCUAGUUUCUAAAUUGCACAGUGUUACUUUAGAACCACUAAGUGAUAAGCUAUGGGAGGAGGGGGAGAAAGGAUGUGGUUAAUUAUAACUCUAGUUGCUGAGCCGCAUGAUUUCACAAUUGAGAGCAUAACACAUGACAUCUUCACAGCUGCUUAGGCAGCUAUUAUUUAAUCCUUGCUUUGUUGUUAAAAAUUAAACUUACAGUAAUUAUUUACCAGAUAUGAGUUUUCGCCAGGAUAAGUGAAAACCCUUAAAAAAAGUCCUCAUGAGAGUAAAUUGAAUACUUAUUGGAAAGUACAAAGGAAGUGUAAUCAUCCUAAACAGAUACAUCUGUCUAAACAAGAAAAUUGUUUUAAAGUAAAGUCUUGGUUGAUGGCUUAAAGAUAAAUUUAAUUGGUCAAUUAAACUUUAACACUACAGGUGAAUUGUUGCUUUGGCUACAGGUGCAGACCAAGAAUAGUGUUUAAUUCCAAAACUAAAUUUUCACAAACCUUGUUAUGUUCAGAGCUAUACUCUUCACAGCUGGUUGCUUAAGGAAAAACAUCCAGUUCAUUUGGCAAUAAAGGCUGCUGCUCAGAACCCGAAAAAUGGCUAUUUUCAUGUCCCUUUUCAUUUUUCUUUAAGUGAUACAUUGAAAUUAAUACAGUACAAACAUUGUAUCAUCAUUGCUAUUUCUCUUGUCUUUUUUUGAGCCAGGCGCUAUGGAAAUAUAUAUUAAUCACUGUAUUAACCCAUGAAGAAUUUAGCCUAUAUGGCCAAAGCUGUAAUUUUUUUCUUUUCUGUAAAUUUUUAUAUGCAUUCAAGAAAAAGACAGAAAAAACAAACAAACAAGCAGGGGCCAGCAGUGGCUCAGACAGCUUUUGCAGAUUUCUGGUACCUUUCUCUCUCUCUUUCCAGUGUUUUUUAAAUGCCUUUCAUCGCAGACAGAGGUAGCCUCUGCAGGAAUAGUGCAUCUCAGAGUUAAUGUGGAACUUCUCUGACUAUUCGAUUCUGGGUUACAGUUGGAGGGAUGUGAAGCUGCACUGAAAUUUGAAGAGAACAGUUGGGUAAUCUGCUCUUGAACUGGUUGACUUAACCAUAAUAUGAUUGUAUAACCCAGAUACAUAAUUAUUCUUAUACCUUCUAGCUGGAAAUUUUGAUGGAGGUCACUAUAUACUUUAAUAUCUACUUGCAAAGAAAACCCCCCGAAGUGAUCAUUGUUGGCGAUGCUGAGAAAUUUGCAACCCUCUAGAUGCUGUUGGAGUCUACUUCCCACCAGAUAAUAUGGCCAAUGAUCAGGUAAAAUGGGAGUUGAGCAACCUCUAGGAGGUCACAGAUUCCCUUACCCCUGCUGUGCAGCAUCUAGAUAUUUUGUUUAACUUGCUCUCAUCCCUGUUUUUAUCAUAUAGCCCAAGGUAGGCUACAUUCCUAUAUUCAGUUUUCUGGAAGAAAGCCCUGUUGAACUUAGUGGGACUUACUUUUGAGUGAAUAUGAACAGGAUUACUUUUUUGUGUGAAAUGGCAGAGCUUAUGGAUAAAGCAGAGGUUUUAUUUUCGAAAAACUAAAACAACUGCUGUUGUUCCCUGCACAGCCAUAACUAAACUCUUCAGCAAACGAGUCUAGAGGAAAGAAUCAAAGUUUCAAAUAUAACCAUACACAGGGAUAAUUUCACAUAUAUUGGCACAUUACUUUUCUGAGUCUCAGUUUUCUACAAUAGAAUAGGUGGGAUAACACAUUGCUCACUUAUGAAGUAAUUUGAGGUCAUUGGGGGAUAUAAUCUGUGUAAGCAACAAGCAUUGUUUUCUGGUAAGGCAAUAGCAUGAGACACACACAACACUGCAUAAUAUAAAUUUCUUUUUAAAUUCCAGUUUGCUCCCAGGUCACAUACUCUGCCUGCGUGUCUUGUUCCAAGAAAGGAAGGAACAGAAUGCCAAGGUUAUUGUCUUGUAGGUUUUUAACUGAUUAGCCAGCUGGAAGGAAGGGGACAGCCAAAACUACAAGCCACAAGAGGGGGAAAGCCUCUGGCAGCUGUGUUGAUAUGAAAAGUCUUGAUCCUUCCUAGUUAAGACAGAAGAAUGGACUAGCUUGGCUGGUAUUGGAAAGAAGAAUAGAGUGUUGCUACUUUUAUAACAGAGGUUUUGUGCAUCCGUUAUUGUGCCUACAUGGUGAUGAUGCUAUCAUUGCUAUCAACA